UGGCUCCCGCGGGGGCCUCCUCGGGGAUGUGGACCCCGGCUCUCACGGUCCCUAGCGCGACCACCUCCUUCCCGCCCACGCUAGUCACUGCCCACUCUACUGGGCUGCUCUUCCCCGAGGGCCCGAGGCCUGGCUCUGGCUCCAGCAUGCCGUGGCGGAGUCCUCACGCUAGAACUCUGUCCCUGUGAAGACCCCAGCGGGGACUCCAGCCCCGCCACCAUGAACGGGACCCUGAUCCCACACACGCCCAUUGCCGUGGACUUCUGGAGCCUGCGCCGGGCCGGCUCCGCGCGGCUCUUCUUCUUGUCCCACAUGCACUCGGACCACACGGUGGGCCUGUCCAGCACGUGGGCGCGGCCCCUCUACUGCUCCCCAAUCACCGCCCACCUCCUGCACCGUCACCUACAAGUGAUUUUCGAUACACGCCAUCCAUGCUGAAGGAGCCAGCCCUGUCAGUGGGGAAACAGAUCCACACUUUAUACCUGGACAACACCAAUUGCAACCCAGCCCACGUUCUUCCUUCCCGACAGGAAGCUGCACAACAAAUUAUCCAUCUCAUCCGAAAGUACCCACAACAUCACAUAAAGAUUGGACUCUACAGCCUGGGAAAGGAAUCACUACUGGAGAAACUGGCCCUGGAGUUUCGGACCUGGGUGGUAUUGAGUCCUCGGCGUCUGGAGUUGGUACAGCUCCUGGGCCUGGCAGAUGUAUUCACGGUGGAUGAAAGGGCCGGCCGCAUCCAUGCUGUGGACCAUAUGGAGAUCUGCCAUUCUGCCAUGCUUCAUUGGAACCAGACCCACCCUACCAUUGCUAUCCUUCCCACGAGCCGGAAGAUCCGCAGCCCCCACCCUGACGUCCACAUCAUCCCUUACUCUGAUCAUUCCUCCUACCCUGAGCUGCGUGCCUUUGUUGCAGGGCUGAGGCCUUGCCAGGUGGUGCCCAUUAUCAGUCGACAGCCCUGUGGAAACUACUUCCAGGACAGCCUGAGUCCUAGGCUGCCUGUCCCCCUCAUUCCAGACUCUGUGCAGCAAUAUAUGAGCGCUUCUAGGAAGGCGAGCGUGUUCUGGCUGUUAGAAAGGAGGCCAAGGAAGCCAAGGAUCCCAGGGGUUGUGUUUGAAUCUCCGGAGAAAAGUGCUGAUAGAGACACAAAGAAGCACAAGAAAGAAAACCUUUUCCCCUGGCCUGGAGACCUUGAGAAGCUCUCCCUCUGUCCUUGUCCUUUGCAGGCCAAGAAGCAGUUACUCCCAGACUUUGGCUGCAAAGAAUGGGAUGAGCCAGUCUCUUUCUGUGAGUCUCAGGAGGUAGUGACUGCGUUGACUUCCCCCUUAGGCUUUUCGGUACAGUUAAAGUCUACAGAUGAGGAGUGUAUCUCUCCAGAAACCACAGAAGAAAUUGGCUUAAAGUCCACUUUGAUAUCUAGAGAUGAUGGCUCCCCAGAUUUGGGGAACCAAGAUGCGCAGGUCAACCAGGAUGUCCCCCUAUCUCAUAGUAGCAAGGCCAUUCCUGUUCUAGCUACUGAGUCCGGGGAUCUGGCACUCAAAUACCUUCUGACUCCAGUGAACUUUUUCCAGGCAGGGUUCUCUUCCCGGAGCUUUGAUCUACAAGUAGAACAAUUCCAUAAACUCUUACUGAAGCACAAACCAGAAAGUGCAACCUGACAGUCAUGUUGGAUCCAGCAUUACAUUUUGAAGGCAGUGGCUAGUGGCCAGCGGCAAGAGUUUUACACUUUAUAUAUGUUUACAGAAGUCUCAGAAUCACCUUGACCAGAGCUUGUUCAUUGGAGUCUUAGUGCCUGUCAAAAAUCUUUAGUUCUAUAGUUAACUCUGUUUAAGAAACACACUUCGCCAGGCAUGGUGGUGCAUACCUUUAAUCCCAGCACUCGGGAGGCAGAGGUAGGAGGAUCGCUGUGAGUUCGAGGCUACCCUGAGACUACAUAGUGAAUUCCAGUUCAGCUUGGGCUAGAGUGAGACCCUACCUCAAAAAAAACGAAAAAAAGAAACACACUCCAUCACUGCAUUAUAAACUCCUCGGAGUGCACGUUAAAAGGUUCAGGUUCGCGCUUGCUUCUGCAGCACACAUACUAAGAUCGGAACAAUGUGGAGAUUAGCAUGGCCCCUGUGCAAGGAUGACACACGAAUUUGUGAAGCAUUCCAGAUUUUUCAUAAGAAAGGCCAAGGUUCUUACCAUUGUUACUCUGUGUGUUGUAUGCCAUGUCCCACAUCCCCUUAUUUCUCUCCCCCACAUCCUCGGGGAGUUGUUUUCAUUUUUCAAACUGGUGCUGGAGGACAAAGUGAUGUCCCAGUCUUGAAUGUCACUGACUUGCUGUGACCCUAUCCAAGUGACUGCCCGUUUCCGCCUCUGGGUGGGAACAGGAAAUGAUGAAGCAGCCUUGGAACAGUGUUGGAAAAAUCCCACCUUCUGCUUCACUGAGCAACUGGGGGGCAGUUGGUAUCACUGGGAGCCCAUUUUGAACAAAGCCAUGUGGGGGGUUGGGCACCUCUCACCAAGGCAGUAUCUAAACGGAUUCUGAACAUUAGGGCUUGGAGUGUGACAAGGCUACUGGUUGCUUGAAGGCAUUGACUCUUUGGUUAAAAUAAAGCUAUAAAAGAUCAA